CUUGUAGAUCUCAGACUGCAAGCUGUUUGAAAAGGCAUCAUAAAUGCACCAAAUAUACCAGUUGACUCUACUUCUUUUCAGCUCAACUUGAGGGUUCUGCACUGAGGACGAACAAGACCAGUGUGCUUGUUAAUCUAGAACGUCUACAACCAUUUCUUUCUUUUUUUGAAUGGAGACUCUUUGAGCUGUGUUGAAGAUGCUCUGCAUCGUAUUUUUACCCAUCACUUUCCUCAUCGUGGGGAGCUCAAAGCUCUGCCCUCAUCAGUGUUCUUGUUACGACGCAUCUGAGCUGGUGGACUGUCGAUCCCGAGGGUUCACUCACAUUCCCCACAGUAUUCCACAUGGCACAUGGCUCCUGGAUCUCAGUGGGAAUAAGUUGUCGGAGUUGAGGAGUACCUCCUUUACUGGGAUAUGGGCUCUCCGGGUCCUUCUGCUUUCACAAAGCAACAUGCAGGUGGUGCAUUCUAAGGCUCUUUCCUCUCUGACCUUCCUGGAAAAGUUGGACCUGGCUUACAACGAGCUCCGUGUCAUUCCUCCAGAUUUCUGUCAAGGGUUGACCACUCUUAAAGAUCUCAAGCUUUCCCACAAUGCUCUGGAACGCCUUGAGUCCCACUCUUUGGAGGACCUAGAAAGUCUCGAGAGGUUAGAUCUCAGUCACAACCACAUUCAGGUUGUCGAAGUUGGGGCAUUUCGUGGACUUACCAUGCUAAGGCACCUUAACCUUGCAUGGAAUCAAUUGACAGUCCUCCAAGGAGGCCUGCUCACCAUGCAACAAAGCCUUGGAGUUCUUUACUUGAACCACAACAAUAUCUCCAAGAUUGAAACGGAAGCUCUGGCCCCCUUACAAACCCUCAGCAUUCUGAACUUAGAAGCCAACCAGCUGAGAAGCCUGAAGUUUAAGACGUUCCUAAACCUUCAGACGCCCAGCACGCAUCUGCAGAUGUCGGAGAACCCCUGGACGUGUGACUGUGAACUUCAUCGCGUCUUCACUAAGAUACUCCAUGUCAGGCAUCUCCACGUGGACGAUUACAUGAAUAUCACGUGCCAUUCUCCGCUCUUAGUGGCUGGAGCAUCUCUGGGUUUGAUGCACAGUCAGCUGUGUAUCGCAGAAACAGCCACUGUCCUGAUCAUUACCGGAACUGUGAUGGUCACUGUGGUGGGCGCCUUGGUUAUGGCAGAACGCAAGCGCAAGAAGCAAAAAAUGAACCUGGAAAAACAAGGAAACGAUCCUAUGCCUUGGGAGUCUCACAAAUGAAGAAAGUCAGCAGCUGUUAGCAAUACAGUCUUAUUUUACACAACAGGUCUUCAUUUUUGUGCAUGUAGUACAUAUCCAUAUUCACUUCAACGUGAAAUCAAAACUGAACCUAUUUACUUUCCCAAUACAUGUUCCUAGUCUUAUUAUGAAUGGUCAUUCUUCAUCAAAAUAUAAGAGUGCUGCAGGGAUGAUACAUUUAUGUAGGUCAAAACCUAAAAACAAGCAUUUCAGCACUUCUGGUUCCAUUUGUCCUGAAUGCGUUUUUUUUUUUUUGGUUAAAUGC